CGCUCGAACCGCGGUCACAUCAAAAGCUGCUGUGGAAAAACUCAUGCACAAUAGAAAAUAGAAAACCGAAGAAUUCCACAACAAACCCGUAAUUCAGCGCCCCAAAAAACCCAGUAGCAUGUGCAGGAUAGCCCGCGGCGUAGGACUUUAAAGGAAACUAGAGGAAAACCAAGAACGGAACGGCGAACAGAGCGAACUUUAUUUGUACUCUAUAGAUAGCAUCCAAGGAGAACCACAAAAGGCAAAACCAAAAUGGGAAAUGAAACAUCACUGCCCAUGGAAAUGUGUUCCAAUUUCGACGCCGACGAGAUCCGGCGGCUGGGCAAACGUUUCCGGAAACUGGACCUGGACAACUCGGGCGCGCUGAGCGUGGACGAGUUCAUGUCGCUGCCGGAGCUGCAACAGAAUCCGCUGGUGCAGCGCGUGAUCGACAUUUUCGACGCGGACGGCAACGGCGAGGUGGACUUCAAGGAGUUCAUCCAGGGCGUGUCGCAGUUCAGCGUCAAGGGCGACAAGCUGUCCAAGCUGCGCUUCGCCUUCCGCAUCUACGACAUGGACAACGAUGGCUACAUUUCCAAUGGCGAACUGUUUCAGGUUUUAAAGAUGAUGGUGGGCAACAAUCUGAAGGACACGCAACUGCAGCAGAUUGUGGACAAGACGAUCGGCUUCGCGGAUAAGGAUGAGGAUGGCAAAAUCUCGUUCGAUGAGUUCUGCUCUGUGGUCGGCAACACGGACAUUCACAAGAAGAUGGUAGUCGAUGUCUAAAAUAGGUUUAACGCAGAUUCUUUUCUACGCGAUGUUAUUUAUUUAUUUUAUACACGUCGGCAUCCUUCGAUUGUCACUAUUACCACUAUUCAUAUGGUUAUUAUUUUUUAUCGGCUAUUCUCUAUAGUUAAAUAUUGUUAAAGAGCCUUUGGCGAGCCAGUUCAGUCAGUCAGUCAGUCAGCCAGCCAGUCAGUCAGUACAGCGAUCGAAGGCUUAGGGAGAAGUCGCGAAUGCAAUGUUGUUAUCCUAAGUUGAAAAGUGGAAUAAUGCGCCUCCUACUUACUUCUUAAAUAUAUUCAUCUAUAUACUUAUAUAUAAAUGCAUAUAUAGUCAUAAUUUAUUAUACAAAUAUACAUUUAAAGAAUUCAAAAACCCGAGAAGCAAAACUAAACUAAACUAAGGCGGAAUCCAACUUCGUGCAAGUAAAGGCAAAUAAAGCAACCCAAGUUGAACGAAUGCUCUAUCGAA